AUGGCGUAUCUGUUUCUAUCACUUACAACAGCACAAAUCGAACAACGGAGGAAGCAAUUAGACCAAACGGGCUUCUACGCCUGGCUAACACCCAUCAUCAUUCUACUGGCCGUCUAUGCCUACCAGAAAGUCAUCAGCUCGGAAAAUGCCCAGAACCCUCCAGCUAUGCAAGCACUCACACCACUCCAAACCCUCAAGCGACGGGUCUCCUGGACUCUCAACACGACCUACAUCCCCGAAUUCGGACCUCUCAAGGUCCAACUCACAGGCGUGGUCUACGUCCUAUGGCUUCUAUAUCUCGUCUUCCGCAACACGGGAGAAGACUACAUGCACCUGACGAAAGCAUUCGGGCACGUCGCCAUCUCGCAACUCCCGAUCCAAUAUCUCCUGAGCGUGAAGACGGCGUACUCCCCCAUCACAUUCGCGACGGGGCUGACGCACGAGAAGCUGAACGCGUACCACCGCCUCCUGGGCCGAAUCAUCCACGGCCUCCUCGCCGCCCACGCCGUCAUGUACAUGCGGUUCUUCAUCAUCUUGGACGUGCUGAGCAAGCGCAUCCAGCACCGUGACGUGAGACUCGGACUGGCUGCUUUCUGGGCCUUCAACAUCCUCGGGCUCCUCGCCGUGCCGCCAAUUCGGAAGCGCGUGUACUAUAAGCUGUUCUACAGGAGUCACGUCGCGCUGAGUGCCUUUGUCGUCCCACUGUUGUUCUUCCAUGUCUCGUACACGCAGAAAUACAUGCUGCAGGCGGGCGUCAUCUGGGUCGUGGGCGGGGCGAUGCGAGGCAGAGCGAGCACCAAGGCACGCGUGACAUGUCGACAGGUUCAAGGGACCGAUCUGAUCGAGGUUAGCGUCGCCAUCGACGACAAAGCUAGCCCUCUCCUCCGCGCGACACCCGGUCAGCACGUGUACAUCCAGCACAAGACCUUUGGACCAAAGAACCCAUUCUCAAUCGUCGACGCCAGCCAUUCUCCCAACAGCGAGAAAUCCACCGGGAACAUCACGCUCGUGGUGAGAAAUCUCAAGGGUCCACAGACAGGCUUCCUCGCCGCCCUGGCGACGGAUAAGCGGAGCGGCGGGCACGAGAUCUCCAUCGAAGGCCCAUACGGCGAGUCGGGGCAGUACCUCCAGCGGCUGCUUUCCACGUCUGGGUCUGAAGACACAAGUACAAGUAACCACCAGAUCGUCCUUGUCGCGGGCGGCGUCGGCGCCACAUACACACUACCCAUCUACCAGGCUCUACUGCGCGCGGGGACGGGAAAGGGGACCGGCGGCGUGAAGUUCAUCUGGCUGGUGCGCAGCCUCGACGACACACAAUGGGCGCACCCGAUCCUAGAGACUCUCGUUGACCCCGUCGACAUCGACAUCUACGUGACGAGACGCACCCGCAGCAGAGACGACGAGGCGCGCCGCCACGAGACCUUCUCUCGCCCCUUGUUCAACAAGCCCGGCGUCACGCUGCAUUUCUCCCCCCAAGAGGGCUCCCGUCCCACCAUCUCGUCUAUCGUCGGCCCUGUCCUCUCCUCGUCUUCGUCGCCCGGUCCUGAUCCCACUGCCUCGCGAACAGUCGAACGCGGCGAACGCCACAUGCCACGCUCUCACGACGGCAACGGCAAACUAACGGUUCUCUCAUGUGGGCCGCCGGCGUUGGUGCGUGAUCUCAGGCGCGAAGUCGGUCGGCACGUCGCGCUGUAUGGGCGUGACGUUGAGUUUUUCGAGGAGCAGUUUGGCUUCGGUGGGUCUUGA